GACGUCACGAGAAAGAAGGAGUCGUGUAUAAAAGUGUGUAGCUGCUCGUCGUCGUCGGUGCGUGUCCGGGUGGAUUGACACGUGUGACCGGGACGUGUUCACGGGAGCCUGUAAUCAAGACAACGGGAAAUUUUAUUUAGUACUUUUUAGUUAUUUUUUAAAUCUUUGGAUCGAACUUUAAUUUUCUCUUCAUUAUUCAAACCCCAGAGACGUAAAAUGGGACGCGGAGAAGGCCGGGAACAAUAUGAGUUGGCAGCCACCUCAGAACAGAGUGGCAAGAAGUCCAAGCCCAAAGGCAAGAAGGAAAAGGAUAAGGAUAUGGAUGAACUGAAAAAGGAAGUGGACUUGGAAGAUCAUAGGCUGACGCUGGAAGAGCUUAACAGGAAAUAUGACACUGAUCUCACUAGGGGAUUGACCUCUGAGCGUGCAAAAGAGAUUCUUGCACGUGAUGGACCCAAUGCUCUGACCCCCCCUCCUACCACCCCAGAAUGGGUGAAAUUCUGCAAGCAGCUCUUUGGUGGAUUCUCCACUCUUCUGUGGAUUGGAGCUAUUCUUUGUUUCCUGGCAUAUGGAAUUCUAGCUGCUUCAGAAGAUGAACCAGCAAAUGAUAACUUGUACCUGGGUGUUGUGUUAUCUGCAGUGGUUAUGAUCACUGGUUGCUUCUCAUACUAUCAAGAUGCUAAGAGCUCGAAGAUCAUGGACUCCUUCAAGAAUCUCGUACCUCAGCAAGCCUUGGUCAUCCGUAAUGGUGAGAAAAUGAGCAUCAAUGCAGAGGAGGUGGUUGUUGGGGACCUUGUAGAAGUUAAGGGUGGAGACAGAAUUCCUGCUGAUCUGCGUAUCAUUUCUGCCCAUGGAUGCAAGGUGGAUAAUUCCUCACUCACUGGUGAAUCUGAGCCCCAGACUCGUACUCCAGAGUUCUCCAAUGAAAAUCCAUUGGAAACAAGGAACAUUGCUUUUUUUUCUACCAAUUGUGUGGAAGGUACAGCUAGAGGUAUUGUCAUCAGCACUGGUGAUCGGACUGUGAUGGGCCGUAUCGCUACUCUUGCCUCUGGUCUGGAAGUUGGCCGAACCCCUAUUUCUAUCGAGAUUGAACACUUCAUUCACAUUAUCACUGGUGUGGCUGUCUUCCUCGGCGUGUCAUUCUUUAUUCUGUCACUGAUUCUUGGAUACAGCUGGCUAGAGGCUGUCAUUUUCCUCAUUGGUAUCAUUGUCGCAAAUGUGCCAGAGGGUCUCUUGGCUACAGUAACUGUGUGUUUAACUCUAACUGCUAAACGAAUGGCGAAGAAGAACUGUCUGGUAAAGAAUCUUGAAGCUGUAGAAACACUUGGAUCCACUUCCACUAUUUGCUCAGACAAGACAGGAACUCUGACCCAGAAUCGUAUGACUGUAGCACACAUGUGGUUUGACAACCAGAUUCAUGAAGCAGAUACCACAGAGAACCAAAGUGGAACCGCUUUCGACAGAAGCUCAGCCACUUGGGCUGGCCUGGCUCGAAUUGCUGGCCUCUGCAAUCGUGCAGUCUUCCUUGCAGGACAAGAGAAUGUUCCAAUCCUUAAGAGAGAUACAGCUGGUGAUGCUUCAGAGUCUGCCCUGUUGAAGUGUAUUGAGCUUUGCUGUGGUUCAGUGAAGGACAUGCGGGAUAAAUACACAAAGAUUGCAGAGAUCCCAUUCAACUCCACCAAUAAAUACCAGCUGUCCAUCCACAACAACCUCGGUGAUGGAGAGAGCAAACACCUGCUAGUAAUGAAGGGAGCUCCAGAGAGGAUUUUGGACCGAUGCUCAACUAUUCUGCUUCAAGGAAAAGAGCAGCCACUGGAUGAUGAGUUGAAGGAUGCAUUCCAAAAUGCUUAUUUAGAAUUGGGGGGCCUGGGAGAGCGAGUGCUGGGUUUCUGUCAUUACAAUCUCCCUGAUGACCAGUUCCCUAAGGACUUCCAGUUUAACACCGAAGAGGUGAACUUCCCCACUGAGAAUCUGUGCUUUGUUGGACUCAUGUCCAUGAUUGAUCCUCCCCGUGCUGCUGUACCUGAUGCUGUUGGCAAGUGCAGGAGUGCAGGAAUCAAGGUUAUCAUGGUGACAGGAGAUCAUCCAAUCACUGCUAAAGCCAUUGCUAAGGGAGUGGGCAUCAUCUCUGAAGGCAAUGAAACUGUGGAAGACAUUGCUGCUCGCCUGAACAUCCCAAUAAAUGAGGUCAACCCAAGAGAUGCCAAGGCAUGUGUGGUUCAUGGUGGUGAUCUUAAGGACCUGACCCCUGAGCAGUUGGAUGACAUCUUGAAAUACCACACCGAGAUUGUGUUUGCCAGAACAUCUCCUCAGCAAAAGCUGAUUAUUGUGGAAGGUUGCCAGCGCCAGGGUGCCAUUGUGGCUGUGACUGGUGAUGGUGUUAACGAUUCUCCUGCUCUGAAGAAGGCUGACAUUGGUGUAGCAAUGGGUAUUGCUGGAUCUGAUGUCUCCAAACAGGCUGCUGAUAUGAUUCUCCUGGAUGACAACUUUGCUUCUAUUGUUACUGGAGUAGAAGAAGGCCGCCUGAUCUUUGACAACUUGAAGAAGUCGAUUGCUUACACCUUGACGAGUAAUAUUCCUGAGAUCACACCUUUUCUUCUGUUUAUAAUUGCAAACAUCCCUCUCCCUCUGGGCACAGUCACCAUUCUUUGCAUUGACCUGGGAACAGACAUGGUCCCUGCAAUUUCCUUGGCUUAUGAGGCUGCUGAGAGUGACAUCAUGAAGAGGCAACCCAGAAACCCCAAGACAGACAAGCUGGUUAAUGAAAGGCUUAUUAGCAUGGCCUAUGGACAGAUUGGUAUGAUUCAGGCACUUGCUGGCUUCUUUACCUACUUUGUAAUUCUGGCUGAGAAUGGAUUCCUGCCUUCUACAUUGCUGGGUAUACGUAUGCACUGGGAUGACAAAUAUUUCAAUGACCUGGAAGAUAGCUAUGGGCAGCAGUGGACAUAUGAGCAGAGGAAGAUCGUGGAGUUCACAUGCCACACUGCAUUCUUUAUCAGUAUUGUGGUUGUGCAAUGGGCAGAUCUGAUCAUCUGUAAGACCAGGAGGAACUCUGUUUUCCAACAAGGAAUGAAGAAUAAAAUUCUCAUCUUUGGACUGUUUGAGGAGACUGCUUUGGCAGCUUUCCUCUCCUACUGCCCAGGAAUGGAUGUGGCCCUGAGAAUGUAUCCACUCAAACCAAACUGGUGGUUCUGUGCCUUCCCCUACUCCCUACUUAUCUUUAUUUAUGAUGAAAUUCGAAAGCUUAUCAUCCGACGCAGUCCAGGAGGUUGGGUGGAGAGAGAGACCUAUUAUUAAAGCAUCCUGUCUACGUUGCACAAGUUUUUUGCAUGGCUGUCUUGCUGCUUGGAAUUUAACCUCAGUAAUUCAGUUUUUUUUUUUUAUAUACAAAAAUCUGUACAUCUCUAGGGAAUGCUUGACACAAACAUGGAGAUCAUGAACCAAGACAUUGCGUGCCUUGUUUCUGAAGCCGGACCAAUUUUCUACGUUUUUAAAAAUAUUAAAAAUAAAUAAACUCCCAGUCGUUUCCUACAUUUGAUAUCAUUUGGAUGCUUUACAUUUAUUAGUCUGGUAGAUUUGUCCAAAUAGACCUACAGACAUGGCAUAGAACUGAGCAGUUUGAAAGGAUUUCGCUCGGGGACCUUAAAGUGGCCCUGGCUGUUUUUUGCCUUUUUUUUUUCUUUUUUUUUUUCGGGUCACUCCUAGAUCUUAUGAAAUGACAAAUGAAAAAGAACAUGCAAGUAGUUUAGCACACCCUGAUUAGCUCACAUUGAAAUAAUAGAAAUCUUGUUUUCAUUAUCCAUAUCUGACAUUGGGCUAAAUUUAGUGAUUUUAUACCUUUAAGGCUUUCAUGGUGCAAAAUGAACUGAGAUUUACAGACCAAGUUGGAAUACUUGACUGUCUUUCUGUGCUUCCAACUCGUGGGUGGGUUUUAAUGUCUGCUCUUUAUAUAUUUUUGAGGGAAGCAAGUUUAAGCUUAAAUGACCAUAGCAAUGCCGCAUGUAAGCAAAAGCUUCAUGUUUAAAUUUUUAUCUAUAUCAUGACAGAAAAUCUACAAAAAGGCUCUGGUUUUCACUUUUCUUUGACAUGUUUGGAUACAGAGGUCACCUCUGCUUAAGAUUUUAUUUUUUUUCAGUUCCUCAAAUUUAUUUCCUCAAAUACUUCCUCAGCUACUAUAUAAAACAGAGACUGGUGAGAAAAUUAAUAACCUUAUAAUUGUCUAAGUUGCAGCUUGAGGUACAUGCUUUUAGCUGUGCUGUUUAGCUGUGCUCAUUUACACUCAUUUCCUAAACCAAUUGAAUCUGGCACAUCAAACUUUUUUUUUCCCCCUAAAAAGAACUUUACAAGAUCAGUGAAAGGAAAAAUGUUGCAGCAAAUUUCAUUGUUUUGCACUGUUUUUAAAUAAGCAUGAACCCAAUUUACUUUUUAUGUAGGAGUAUGCUUUGCCUGACAUGACAUUAAAGGCAGAAGAAAAGUCAUUUGUAUUUUAACCAUGUAUUGAGUGUGCAUGAUUUUGCAUGACUUUUAUAGAAUUUAAGAAUUAUUAAAACAAGACAGUAACUGGGUCCAGUGUGAAGGAAGUUGAUCAUGAGGCAGAGAAAGUGCUUGGGGACCAGGUUAUGUGUACAGUCAUCAUUUCUGCCUAAUCUAGGCUUUACCACUGUUGGAAUCCUUAAUAAAAUGCAGGAAAUAUGAGCUUGCCAAUCCUCUUUUGUUUAUGACCUCCUUGAUAUGUAAGUCAUUACUAUACAUGCAUUCCCUAUGUGAAUGAAGACUGUUAGAUGAAUCCAAUAAAAAAGACAAAAGCUUA